AUGAUAACUCAAAAUCUUUUAAAACGGCAGUCUGAGGAAUUAACGCAGGUCCACGACGAAAACAGACGACUAAUAUCUCUUGUUAACCUCAUGAACUCUGUGAUUAAAAAAUUCAGAGAUGAGUAUACACCUGAACUGCGAAAUCUUCGUGACGCCAUCGGAGUUCUAAAAAGAGAGUUCUCCUUUUAUCAAGAAGAAUUUGUUGCAGAAGCAAAAAAGAGCAUUGAUAACAUUGAAGCACAAAAGAACGAGGUCCAGCGAAGGAUCGAUGAUGUGGAGAGGAAAAAUAUGCUGUUAAAUCGGGAUAUUUCAAUGUUUUCAAUUACGGAUAACCUUAAACAAGAUGUUUUCCAGGCUCGCAUAGACCUACAUAUCAAAGAGAAGGAAGCAAUCGAAGAACGCGCUGAUGGAUAUUUGAGAGAUAUAAGCUCACGUGAUCGUGACGUUAUUCUUGCCAACAAAGCUCGUGAUAGGGCUGAGCGAAAGUUAAACGAUACACUUUAUGUUGCAAAUAAUGCGAAAUGUGCGCAUUGCCAAAUUAGCGACAAAAUGCGAAAACACCUGACUGACGUAGUGGCGGAGAAGACGGUUCUAUUAGAAAAAUGUCAAAAAGAAUGCAUGGAUGCCAAGAGACGCGCUGAGCAGUCGGAUCGUAUCUCUCACAUUCUUUCAAAGGAUAGUGAAAAGUUAAAGUUCGAGCUGAACAGAUGGAAGUCCGAUGCUGAACGUAACAUCACAGAGAUCACGCGAUUGAAA